UGGAAUAGAGGUUAAAAAAAAUGUUCCUGUUAUCAGUGGGACUUAGAAUUUGUGAGACCUUUGGACGAUGUUGCAUCUGUUUCUUUUACCUUUUUUUUCCUUAUGCCCAACCCUAUCACAAGCAACUUGUUGAUACAGACUACAUUUGAAAUUUCUUGCAUUAACAUUAGUGUACCUGUAGUCCUGUUACAACUCUGACUUCUAUUUUCAGAGUAAGAAGAGGAAGCAGCCAUGUCAGAGAAGAAGCCACGAGGCUCAGACACACGUCCCAAAUCCGGCCUACGCAGCUGGAGUGCGGACAGUUAUGUUUGGCGGGGGAAGAAACGCUCCCGGAGCUCUCACAAUGGGCCGGGUUCUGCAGGGCUGGAAGCGGAGGGGGCAGAGGACCUAGGUGUACGGUCGACAUCCUGUCCGAGGUGGCGCAGAGACAGAAAAUGUAGCUGCAGUGCUCUUGGGGAUACAUUGACAUCUGCAGACAUGGAUGUUGUGUGUCGAAAGGCCUUUUCCAGGCGCUCUCUAAGGCAGAAAUUUCAGGAUGCUGUGGGUCAGUGUUUCCCUCUGCGCUCCCACCAUCACCACCAUCAUCAUCUCCACCAUGCACCGGGCUCUUCACGACCGUUCUCGGUGCUCUUCUGGUCCAAGCGCAAGAUCCAUGUCUCAGAGCUCAUGCAGGACAAGUGUCCCUUCUCACCCAAAUCUGAACUUGCCAGAUGUUGGCAUCUUAUAAAAAAUCACACCACCCACCCAAGUGCCCUCAAGGACCUGGAGGCCCCCCUCAAACCCAAUGUCCUCUCUUCCUCUACCUCCCCUCCACACACCCCGCUCUCCUGGGAGGACAUUUGCUGUUCCCCUGGGCCUGGAAGCACCAGUCUGGAGGACUGGGACCCAUCUUGUCCUCAUGGGGGAGCAGAGGGCAGCUGCAGUAACACUGACUACAUCCUGGUCCCAGAUCUCCUCCAGAUCAACAACAACCCUUGUUACUGGGGUGUACUGAAUCGCUUUGAGGCAGAGGAGCUACUGGAGGGCCAACCAGAGGGCACGUUUCUGCUUCGAGACUCAGCCCAGGAUGAGUUCCUUUUUUCAGUCAGCUUUCGCCGCUACAGCCGCUCCCUGCAUGCGCGCAUUGAGCAGAAUGGCAAGCGCUUCAGUUUUGAUGUGCGUGACCCGUGUAUGUACAGGGAUUCCAGUGUGACAGGACUACUGAGACACUACAGUGACCCAGCCACCUGCCUCUUCUUUGAGCCUCUUCUUUCCCGCCCACUACCAAGGAACUUCCCUUUCUCCCUCCAGCACCUCUGUAGGGCUGUGAUCUGUAGCUGCACCACCUACCAGGGCAUAAACAAUCUGCCACUGCCACCUCAGCUCAGGGACUAUCUCCGACAAUACCACAUUAAGUGUGAUACAGCCUGUGCUGUGUGACAGUCCAAAGCAGGCCUCAUACCAAGGAAGGCAAAGAUAGAACAGGAAAAGGUAGGUUCUCUUGGAAGAGACACAAUUGAAUUCCAAGAAGCUAUGAUGUUGAAAAUCUCUGAGGUCUAAAAUGUGCAGAGCUCCACAGUUUUUAAAAAUGUUUGUUGAUCUUAUUGCACCAAGAAAUAGAGCAACGAAAUCUACAAAGGAUCAUCAGUCUUUUCUGCAGGUCUGGAUCUGUGUAUGUCCGUACAUGGGCAUAAUCUCUCCAUGUCAUCCUUCAGUACUAAGGGAUGGUUUUAUGGACUCUGGAUUUAGGCUUUCUGUUUCCAGCCAUCUUGACAGUUACUGGGGUCAGGGUCAGCUCAUGGGAUAACAAAGCAACUGACUGUAAUACACUG